AUGUCAGGCCCACCAGUGCUCUACCACUGUCCAUGCUCGCAACUUCAUGCACCUCCCCCCAGCCUCCCCUCGGCAGCGAACCAAUCUCACCCGCUAGAGACGCUCUAUUUCUGCCCAGAGUGUGACGCCAUCCGAUGUGCGCGAUGUGUGAGCGUCGAGGUUAGCACGUAUUAUUGUCCAAACUGUCUGUUCGAGGUGCCCAGUGCGAGCGUGCGCGCGGAGAAGAAUCGAUGCGCAAGGAACUGCUUUGUUUGCCCCGCAUGCUCCAACACUCUCCAGACAGUAUCUAUGGACCCCAGCUCAUCGACGCCCUCAGACCCAGGGGAGAAAUAUAUUCUCUACUGCACAUACUGCCGGUGGGACUCUACCCUAGUAGCUAUGACAUUUGACAAGCCACAAGGACUAGCCUCACAAUUCCAGAAGAUAGAAGACGACUCUCCCUCUAUGCGCGAACUCGAGAGGCUUCGAGACCACUUCGAGCCCCUGCUCCGGCCCCGCACGUCCCUUCACCCCUACACACACGCCCGCUCUUCCUCGGCGAACAACGCCGCUCUCGCCACGCUCAGGCGGGAUGGUCGUGACACGCAUGGGCACGGGAUGCGCGCAAGCCGACUUGGGCGGUCCGGGAGAGCCAGAGAUGUCGAGAGAGAAAAAGAAAAGUACGAAGACGACCUCCCUUCCUACAAGUCCAUCACCGCACCGGACGAACCCUCGGAGCAGGAAGACAUCUCCCUCCUGCGUUCUCUGACUGAAGUGGACGACAUCCUCCCCCUCUCCCAGCAGCAGACUGACAGCUGGAUCCCCCCUCUGUACAUGACAGACCAGCGCCCGCUCCGCCUUCCCCUCCAGAGCAAGAAGUCUAAGCGCUGCCCCGCGUGCCGGCAUAUCCUCAUUCGCCCCGAACAGAAAGCCCAAUCCACAAAAUUCAAAGUCAAGAUUGUCGCUGCGAACUACCUGCCGGCGCUCGAGGUCUCCCGGCCGGAAGACGCAUCCGUCUCCCAUGUGAGGCGGCGGACGGGCACGGUAGGCAGCUCGGGGGAGAUGGAGCUCCAUGCUGGCAGGAGCUACCAUUUUGUCCUUGCGCUUACGAACCCGCUGUAUGACCCGAUCAACCUCCGCCUGGGGUUGCAGCAGCCUUCGGGUGAGGGGACCAGCAAGCCGCAUUUUGCUGUCCACCUGCCGACGAACACUAUCGGUGUGGCGGCAUUCACGGAUGUGUGGGAUUAUGACGAGGACGAGGCUGGUGAGGAGGACGUACCCCGUGCAGGACAGAAAGAUCUCCCGGGUCGGUGGAAACUCGGCGUCGUGGAGCGGAAAGCCAACACUACGAAAGUCGGAGGCGAGCUCGUGUUGUCCAGAGAGGCGCAGGGAGACGUCAAGGUCAACCUGCUUGUAACGUAUACGUACAAGUCUGAGGACUCCCAGGCAGCGGACGGGAAGGAGAAGGGAGAAGCGGAGCUCAAGACGUUUGCGUUCUGGACAGUAGUCUGGCUGGGGACUGUCCCCCUCAGGCAACCAGAGUCAACUUCCCAGCCCGUGAGUUGA